UGGAUUUCUUUCCCAGUUGAUAGCAUUAAACUUAUUACAAGUAUCUACUAGCUUAGCAUUAAACUUGUUACAAGUAUCUACUAGCUUAGCAACCAAAACCAUGGCAAAUAUCCCUCAAAGGUUGGCGACAAAAGUAGCAUUUAUCACAGGCGGAGCUCAAGGGAUCGGAGAGAAAACAGCAAGGUUAUUCGUCAAACACGGAGCCAAAGUCGUCAUUGCUGAUAUCCAAGAUGAUUUAGGCCAAUCUGUUUGUGAAGAUAUCGGUCUUGACAAGGCUACAUUUAUCCACUGUGACGUGACUAUUGAAUCAGAUGUUGAAAAUGCCAUCAACUUAACACUUGCCAAAUAUGGUAAGUUAGACGUAAUGAUCAAUAAUGCAGCCACUAUAGAUGAACUAAGUCCCAAUAUUCUUGAUAACGAUCAAUCCGCUUUUGAACGUGUAAUGAGGGUGAAUGUAACCGGUGUGUUCUUAGGAACCAAGCAUGCAGCUCGAGCCAUGAUCCCAGCUUGUAGUGGCAGCAUCAUUAUGAUGGGAAGUAUUUCAGGUAGCAUUGGAGGGGUUAUUUCUCAUGCUUAUUCGAGUUCAAAGCAUGCGCUCGUGGGUCUCACUAAGAACACUGCAGCCGAGCUUGGCCAAUAUGGGAUUCGCGUUAAUUGCUUAUCGCCUCACUUUAUUCGUUCAGGUUCAGCCAUUAAAGUGACAAGUGAUCUUCCUGAGAAAUACUCGAAAGUUUAUUCAAACCUCAAAGGGGUAGCUCUUACUGAAGAUGAUGUUGCAGAAGCUGCUCUAUUUCUUGCUAGCGAUGAAGCGAGGUACAUAAGCGGGCAUAAUCUGGUACUUGAUGGAGGGUUUACUGUGAUUAAUCCGGCUUUUGGCCUAUUUGCACGAGCUACCCCUGUUGAAUAGCUCUAUGUUUUAGUUAAAAGAUCACUGUUUUAAGUUGCUUGUUCUGAUUGCAAUGUUACUUCUGUAACUUUGGAGUUUAUAAUAAGAGUAACUCAUUUGUCCUAAA